UGAAGAAAUUGGAAGAUGAAGAAUGCGAUAAUGUUGAUUUUAUUGAAUGUAAUAAGUUUGACAAUCUCCAUCACAUCAGAAGCCUCUGUGAUAAAAGAACUAGAGAAUCCUAAUCCUAAAGAUGAUUUUUCCCUCAUGUCAAAGUAUGGAUCGGACAUGAUCAUUGUAGGUGGGAUAAACUAUAUUCAUAGAGUCUUUUCUGGGAAUUUAAGUAUAGAAAUAUCAGAAAAAAUAGGACCUAAAUUGGACAAUCCAGACUGUCUGAAUCUAGAGAAAGUGACAUGUAGCAAGACAUUGUAUAAUAGUUACGCCAAGGCUCUCCUUAUAAAUAAGAAAAAGGAACCGCAGCAAGAUGAAAUCAUUAUCUGCACAACUUUAUUUCAUGGAAGUUGUGACAAGAGGAAUGCAUCAACCCUUCAAUUGCUUCCAAAAUCUUUUCAACGAAUAAUAAAUCCUGUAGUGACUAACAAUAAGACAGCCACAACUGUGGCCUUCUUGGCACCAGGACCCAAAGAUACCACAGCCUUGUAUGUGGGGGCGUCCUGGGCUAACACAGGAUUACGAGCCAUACGUGGUCUUGUUCCAGCAUUUAGCAGCAGAAACACUGAAGACUUUCAAUUCACUCACUUUAGCAUUGCAACCAGGUCUUACACUAUGUUGGAUGAAAUAAAUAAGGACUCCUUCCCUAUUCGGUACAUUUAUGGCUUUGCAUCGGGAAAUUUUAGUUAUGUUGGGACAAUUCAAAAACCUAGUGUUGCUGCUGAGAGUUACAUUUCUAAACUGAUAAGGGUAUGUCUUUUUGAUGAGCAAUUUUACUCCUAUGCAGAAGCUGCCUUAGAAUGUGUUCAUAAUGGUUUUAGUUACAAUUUGUUGCAAACAGCUUAUGUAAGCAAACCUGGAAUUCAUUUGGCUGCAACUCUACAAAUUCCAAAAGACGAAGAUGUAUUAUUUGGAAUGUUUGGACAUGGAAACCCAAAUGACCUCAUAAAAAGCUAUGGGGAAUCUGUUUUGUGUAUCUAUCCAAUGCGUUACGUAAAACAAGUAUUCACUCGAAAUAUACGGACUUGUUUUGAGGGCAUUGGCAGGACUGGGCCUAAACAUAUUGCUACACCCAAUAAUUGUCAGAAAACGGCUUUAGACAUUGGAGAUGAUUACUGUGGACAAUAUGAUUUUAACAAUCCAAUCAAUGGUCCAGAAGCAGUCAGGGCUGUCAGAACCAUCAGUAUUAAAGCCACAGCCUCGUCACUUAUAGUGACUACUACGAAUGCUGGAUACACAGUAGCAUUUGUUGGUACCAAGACUGGGCAUAUAAAAAAGAUUGCAAUCGAGUCUAGUAUUGAUGCAAAUGAGUACAAAGAUAUGGUAGUUGAUUCAGGAUCACAGAUUCUUAAGGACAUGUUUUUUGAUGACGACAAGAGACAUCUCUUUGUUUUGACACCAAAGAAGCUACUGAAGCUGGUGGUUCAGAACUGCAGUCAGUAUACGACAUGUGAGGAAUGCACGGGAGCUAAGGACCCGAACUGUGGAUGGUGCUCGUUAGAGAACAAAUGUACGUUAUCAAAGGAAUGUUCUGAAUACACUUCUCCCUUACGAUGGAUGGGCUACAACGGGGUGACUUGUACAAAAAUUACAAAAGUUUAUCCUGACAAAAUUCAGAAAGACAACAAAUUGAUAAAACCUACCACUCUUACGUUACACAUUGCCAAUCUUCCAACCUAUAAUGGAUCAUACAAGUGCGCGUUUGAAGGCUAUAAAAAAAAGAUAGAGACUGUCGCAACCAGAAAUAGUUCUUACGUUGUGAAAUGCGACACUCCCAUGGCUAAUGAAUUGCCGCCAUUUCUAACGGGAACAGAUCACAUUACCAUGAGGCUGUCAGUCAUCAUCAUGGGACGAAAAUUUGUGUCCGCCAACUUCACAUUUUUUGAUUGUAAAGUACACACCAAACACUCAUGCUAUAGAUGCACUUCAAGCAGUUUCAACUGUACUUGGUGCAUUAAAAACCACCUGUGUACUCACCAUCCUGUCAUAGACUGUAGCUCUAAUGAUGACUUCAUAUCAGGACAAAAUAAUGCUGGAAUAUCUAUACCUCAUGAAAGUGGACCAAACUUUUGUCCAAGUAUAGACCCCAGCAAUCAGCAGAACAUACUUGUGCCAUCAGGAAUAGAGAAGACGAUUACAAUUAACCUAAUCAAGUUAAGGUCUUAUCAGAGGCCCAUCAAGUGUGCUUUUGCAUUCCAUUCCCAGACAGAGACCCAAGGAGAGAUUGCUGAAGUGUUUGUCAUGCCAGUGGUUGUGAUGAUCAGAUGUAGAAAGACCAGGGUAAGUACAUAUUUUUUUUAUCCAGGAGAUUCGGAGAGUUACAAUGUGCCAUUGAAGAUUUUGUGGGGUGACAAGUAUCCCAAACCUCUGGACAAUCCCCAUAAUGUACAAGUUAUCAUGUACAUAUGCGAGAAUUUGGCUGAUACAUGUGGAGAAUGUCUAACCCAGAAGGAAGAAUACACCUGUGGAUGGUGCAAAAAGACGAACCAGUGCAGCUUACAGUCUUCAUGUGUGUCUCCAAAUAGUAGUUGGUUAACAAGCACCUCCAACUGUCCAAACCCAAUUAUAACAAGGAUUUAUCCACUUACUGGCCCUAAAGAAGGUGGAACUCUAUUGACUAUAGAAGGUAGAGAUUUGGGAAAAUCCUACGACGACAUCGUCACCAAUGUAGACAUAGCAGGAGUUCAGUGCACUACUAUCCCUGAAGAAUAUGUGGUUUCCAAAAAAAUUGUGUGUACAACUGGUCGUUUUAUUGGGAAGGAGGAGAGAUCAGACAAAGUGAGAGUGACUAUAGCAUUAAAACUAACGGCUGUGUCUACACAACAAUUUACCUACGUGGACCCAGAAAUUACAGAUAUCACACCUACCCAAGGUCCCAAGUCAGGUGGAACACAGGUCACUAUACUUGGAAAAAAUUUAGAUUGUGGGACUGAAAGAAAGGCAUACUUUGGUCGCACUGAAUAUGAAUGCACACUUGAUAAUGAAAGCAUUACAAGAUCAAAGGUAACCUGUGAAACAGCUCGAGCUAACAAGACACUGGUUACUGAGGAGUUAUACAUGAUGUUUGAUAAUCAGCUGGUUACCAGUGAUCUUGUCUACAAAUAUGUGGAGGAUCCUAAUGUUAUCGAGGUGGACAGGAAAGUCUCCAUCGUCAGUGGAGGACUAAAAGUCUUGGUCAAAGGCAGUGGUUUCCUUCCAAUCAAGAAUUCUUCUCCUAAAAUGGUUUUCUACCAACUUAAGGAUCCCUACCACGGAGAAUGUGAAGUCCUUGAUGAUGUCACAAUGGAAUGCAGUACUCCACAAGUGAUGCCACGUUCACAAGACCAGCAGGGCUUGGCUUUUGGAUUCAUCAUUGACAAUGUCCAGAAUAUACGCAAUCUCAGCGCCACACAUGAUGAAUUCUUCCAAAUUUGCCCUGAUCCCGAUAUCAGUGUUUUUCCGAAUGACAAAAUUAAGUCAUUCUAUUGGAGGAGCAAUGAAUUCUUAACAAUAAGUGGAAUCAACCUUGACUGCCUUCGAUUUAAAAAGGAUGACGUCGUGAUAAAAAUAGGUAGAAGUGAAUGUAACAUAACAUCCACUGGUAGACAAUUAACCUGUCGACCACCAAAGGUGCCUCCCACCCCCAUGAAGAGUGGCCAGUAUCCAGAGGUGGAGGUCACAAUUGGAAAAAACCUGGCAUUCUUUGUGGGUUAUGUGAAGUAUGAGGAAACAGAUUUGGCUUUACCCCUGGGUUCGUAUGCAUUACAUGUAAAAUUCUCUUUAAAAAAUUCUAAAGUUCAGAAUUUGUGCUGAUCAGGUUGGAAUUUGACUUAGCAUAUUGCUCAGUGUGCAUAAAACUUCUCAACUGUAAACCACUUCUCUAUUACAUAUAGGUCAAUGUAACCGAUAGCGCGUUAAAAAAAACGACUUCGCGAAAACAGGAUCUCAGUACUUUUUUAUGCUAGCAUCGAGGUAUAUAAUCUAUAUAUCAUCUUUUAGGAAAAAUUUUCUAUUUUAAAAUCCUGUUAACAUUCAAUGCGUAAUGCGUCGGUAUUGAAUAGAUUUUUCGUUCUUAAAAAAAGAAUCAUGACUUUUUGAAAAUUGCGCAAUUUUCAGAGCAAAGAUGAUUUUCCUGACGCGUGGCAGAUGUUCCGCGUUUGAUUACAUAAAGAAAGUUUGAUAUAUUUAAAAAGCAUAUUUUCUCUGCUUUUUUAAAAGCUAUACAUGGCGUAUUUGCGCUAUAAAAUAAUGAUACGAAACUGAGUGUACAUAUACAUGAUAUCUGAUAUCUGUUAUGUACGUUCAAAUUAAAAUUUUCAACGAUUUUGACUCAGAUAACCUCAUGUCUCUAUAGUUAAAUUGACUUUAACCUUAAAUGUAAUUGUCUUAAAUAUUAAUAAGAUCCGCCACGCGCGUGACCGGGGAAAAUACAGCACUUAAGCUAUAAAGGAAGAAGAGGUAUAAUUGCACAUGAUAUUGUUAGUAUAACAUUGUUUUCUCUGCACCUGAUCCCACCUCUGAUGUUUUGGAGGUCCUUGUUUGCUCUGCACCUAUUUUGUAAUGUUUAAUGGACUUUUGAGCUUGAAUACUGUUCGUUAUCUCCAUAUAUUUCAUUCUAUCUUUAUCUGCCUAUCUCUUCCUCGCUUUUCUUUCUGAAUCUGUUGAACUUCUUGUGUUCGCUGGUCUACACCUCGUUCUCAUUGUUCGCCAUUAUUGUUGAUUGUCUAAAUUUAAUGACGCGAUCAAAUUGACACUGAUCAUGAUUUAUUCAAAUCUCUAUUGUUUUUGCGGAUCCGAUAAAAAAAAAUCAGGAAUUGUUUUAAAUUUUUUAUA